AUGGCAGGUCGCAACAAGCUGCUGUAUCACCCGAGCAUUGGCGUUCCCUUGACGUGGAUGGCGAUCGCUGCAUUGUUCACACGAAGCCCCAUUGUGGAGUUUCACUCCGACCAAAAGCCCCCCCAAGCAUGGCGUGGCACCCUCCCUAGUCGUUUUGACUUGAGUGGUUCGUCCUCGGCAAGAUCCUGA